GGAAUGUGUAAGCUUGUCGCUUUUAGUCUCAUUUUUUUCCCCCAACAAGAACGAUCGAGAUCAUUUCUGCUUCGAGUGUCAACUUGCAACCAAAAGGCCAAACGCUGAACAUUUAACAGUGACAUGUCAGUGGUUCGCCUUUUCAGUGUUUUUGCCACCCUCUUGAAAGUCAAGUUGUUGCAAGACAAACCGGUGGUGGACAACGCCAUUUUCCGACUCCAUUAUCGAUUCACGUGCGUCUUCUUCCUGGCGGCCAGCCUCCUGGCCACAGCCAUCGAUUUCUUCGGCAAACCCAUCGACUGCGUGAUCGAUAAGGGCGUUCCCUACGCCAGGAUUCUCAACACGUACUGCUGGAUCCAGCACACGUUCACCGUCCCGCUGGACGAGCUUCAAAUUAGUCCGGGUGUCGGUCCCGAUUCGAACGAGAAGCGUUUUCACAGCUACUACCAAUGGGUGCCGUUCGUCCUGUUCUUCCAGGGCAUGCUCUUCUACCUGCCGCACUGGAUCUGGAAGCGAUUCGAGAAUGGCAUCGUUGGUGGCUUGACGGCAGGCGCCCGCCGAUUCGAUUUGAAAGGUCAAGACGCCACGUUUAGCCGACCGCUGCUGUCGAAUUACCUGAACGAAACGAUUGGGACGCACGGCCACUUGGGCGUGGCUCACGUCACUUGCGAGCUCUUUAACUUGGUCAACGCCAUCGGUAAUGUCUACCUGAUCGACCUGUUCCUCGGUGGCUACUUUGUCGAUUACGGAUGGAAAGUGUUACAACAGCAAAGCCUCGACCAGGAGGAUCGACGCGACCACAUGAUUGAAACUUUCCCGCGCGUCACCAAGUGCACGUUUCACAGUUACGGACCGUCGGGAGGCGUGCAGCGACACGACGCUCUUUGCGUCCUACCCGUCAACGUGAUCAACGAAAAGAUUUACGUAUUCGCUUGGUUCUGGCUGGUUUUGCUGGCCAUCGUUUCCCUGUUCGCCCUGCUCUAUCGUUUGGUCGUCAUGGUUUCGCCAGCGGUCCGCCAUCUUGCUUUGAAACGUGUCGGUUUGACCACGUGCGAUCAGCAAUCGAUGGUCAUCCUGAGUCGGCGGCUUCCCUAUCCUGAUUGUUAUUUGCUCAUCUUGCUGGGCAAAAAUUUGCAAGUUGCCGUGUAUCGUGAUUUGUUGGACGAUUUGGCCCAUUACCUCGAUCAUUCUCAUCUCAACUGUUAAAAAUGUUGUUUUCGGCUGUUAAAUAAAACGCUU